AUGAGUCUGGCUCAUUAUAUUCUGGGAAUCGGCGACAGAUACACAAGUAACACACUGGUGGAUCUGAAGUCAUGCACAGCUGUGGGCAUUGAUUUCGGCCAUGCGUUCGGAACAGCCACUCAGUUCUUGCCCGUUCCAGAGCUGACCCCGUUUCGAAUGACCCCUCUAAUGGCUGGCCUGACUGUUCCGAAGGUCUCGCCAUCUGGUGGAAUUGUUCAUGCGACCAUGCUGAAAACAUUGGAGGCGCUGCAGGAGAAUCAGGAGGCAUUGAUGAACAUUCUGCAGGUGUUUUUGAGGGAACCGGUGAUUGAUUGGGUCGAGUUUGCGAACAGACAAGUACAUGCAAUGCGUCGUGCAGGUAAUUUAGAUGAACAUUUGGACGAUACAAAAUUGUCGUGGUACCCGCAGCAGAAACUGAACUGCGUGAAGAGGAACUUGAACGGUGGAAACCCCAUGUUGUUAAUGAAGUCAGAAGAACUGGACUUGAAUAGUCUGGUCAUGAAAGAUUCGGCCAGUUUGCUCCGGAUAAUAAUAGGGGAGAAAGGGAGUGAGAGGUGGAGCAUGCAGAAUGAGAUAAGUUUGAACACUGAUCAACAGGUCACCUGUUUGAUAGAUCAGGCCACAGAUCCCAACAUUCUAGGAAGGAGUUGGAUUGGGUGGAGUCCAUUUGCAUAA